CUGCGCGUCACGAUCACGAAGGACAGUCUAGAGCAGCAGGAGAUAAAGAAAAGAGACCUGAUUGCUUCAUCGCAUAUACAUUGAAAAAGUGAAGGGGGGGUAUAUACGAAGACAAAUAAUGCACUUCGAGUUCAUCGUCGUUCGUGUUGUUGAUCUCGCCUAAGUCAUUUGAGAAAAUGACAACAAACCUUAAUGGAACCACGAGAGACUGGAAUGCUACUACAAUUACAACAAUGUUCGAGACCACAGCAGCUUCGACUGAACUAGACUACAGCAAUUCCAGCAUCCUCUCAAACGCAUCUACUACUCCAUCACCUCACCAUCACGAUUCUAUAUGGUUAAUGUCAGCUUCGGCCCAAGGAAUAGCAGGAGUUUUCGUUUGGGCAGCUGUGUUUAUCACUUGCCAUCAGAUUUACCAGUAUCUGAGGUUUUACACUCACCCCUCUGAGCAGCGCUGGAUAGUCAGAAUCCUCUUCAUUGUCCCCAUCUAUGCUCUUACUUCUUGGUUUUCUCUCCUCUUCUUCCACAAAAACAGUUACUAUGUCUACUUUGACACAUUCCGAGAUUGUUACGAGGCUUUCGUCAUCUACAACUUCUUGAGUCUCUGUUACGAAUACCUCGGUGGAGAAGGCAACAUCAUGAGCGAGAUUAGAGGGAAACCAAUCAGAUCGAGCUGGUUCUACUGCACCUGCUGUCUAUCGGGGCGUCAGUAUUCGAUCGAAUUUCUUCGUUUUUGUAAACAGGCCACCCUUCAGUUUUGCGCCGUCAAGCCAUGCAUGGCUUUUGUGACUGUUAUCCUGCAAUCACAAGGUCUCUACUCUGACGGCGAUUGGAGCCCCCAGUCCGGCUAUCUUUACAUCACGAUCAUCAACAACGUCUCCAUCACAUUGGCUCUCUACGCGCUUUUCCUCUUCUUCUUUGCCACCAAAGACCUGCUCUCGCCCUACGACCCGGUUCUCAAAUUUGCCAUCAUCAAAUCCAUCAUCUUUUUGUGCUUCUGGCAAGGUGUCUUGCUGGCAGUGCUAGAAACGUUGGAAAUAAUCGCUCCGAUCUAUGCCUCCGAUGAUACAAUUACCAACGCUGGAACUGUUUCGGCUGGCUACCAAAACUUUUUGGUCUGCAUUGAAAUGGGUUUCGCUGCCGUGGCCUUGCGCUACGCUUUCCCAGUGACGGUUUACGCCCAAAAUUGCGCCACCGAUUCGCGUGGUCGCACAGUCACCAUGCAAAGUAUCUCGAGCAGUUUGAAGGAAACGGUCAAUCCGAAAGACAUGAUGACGGACGCUUUCCAUAAUUUCCACCCGCAAUAUCAACAGUACACGCAGUACAGCGCCAGUGGAUCGACAUCUCGUGGCGCUGGUGGAAGGACAAGCCGUAACGGAACAUUUGACACUGAUGAAUCGGGCCCUGCAAUUCACCGGACGACUCCAACUCUUCAUCCUCCUCCGUCGACAUCCAGUGCAGCUUCGACUUCUUCCCCUUCAGCUCAUCGCCCCGUCAUUUCAGGUGGUGCUGCUACUUCUUCGUUUUCCACUUCUUCGGCUGCUGCUACUUCUACCGCUGCGUCACCAUCAGCUAAUCUUCCCGCCCAGUCAGGAGGUCCAGUUGGGGUCCCGCCAUCACGUCUCGCUUACACUGAAAAGACGAUGCUACUCAGCUCGGACGACGAGUUCCAGUGAGCUUCGACAACCAUUUACACGAUACACAGACAGACACACACACAUAUACACACAUUCGAGACACACUUGAAACGGUGUAAUGGCAUUUUUCUCUUUUUUAAAAAGAGAUGGAAAACUAUUUUCCGCACGUCUCGUUCCGCCAUUACGGUGACACACACAUACACUCUUACAUGAUCGUUACUGCUGUUGUGUUUUAAAAUCACACAAAAUACCUUUUUUCUUUUGAAAAAAAAAAAUCGCUAUGGAUCGGGAGCGGUAAUUUUUUUUCUCUUUCGUCACCCCCCUAUUAAAACCAUAUUUGUAAUAAUUUUUCUCCCCUCCCCUGAAAAAUGUUUGUAUAAGUUUCCCUCGGGUCAACGUACUAUAUAAUAUUUCAUGUAAACCGUACAUAUAUAUUAUAAAUAUAUUUCAUUCAGUGUU